AUGAAGGUUGCUGUUGGUCAACUAUGUUCAUCUUCAAACACCAAAAAUAACCUUCGUACAGUAUACAAAAUCCUCAAUCUUGCUAUACAAAACCAAGCUCGCAUUCUAUUCCUUCCAGAAGCCACCGACUACUUGGCUCAAAAUGCAAAACAUUCACUUCAAUUAUCACAACAAGUCAAGACAGCAUUCCUCACGCCCUUGGUUGAACAUAUUAAAGCUCUAAAUCAAUCUACGUAUGUGUCCAUCGGUAUUCACUUGCCCAAUGACACUACCACCAAGGUCGAGAAUGUUCACUUGUUGAUAGAUCCAAAGGGGACAAUCGUAUCGCGAUAUCAAAAAUUGCACUUGUUCGAUGUUGAUGUGCCCAAUGGACCAAUACUCAAGGAAUCAAAUUCAGUGGAAGCGGGGAACACAAUCACACCGCCGACUUUAAUCGACGAUGUUGCCAAUAUCGGUCUUUCAAUCUGUUAUGAUAUACGGUUCCCUGAACUCAGUUUGAAGUUGCGUCAAUUGGGAGCCAACAUCCUCACUUUCCCCAGUGCAUUCACAACGAAAACAGGCGAUGCACAUUGGGAAGUGUUGAGUAAAGCUCGAGCUUUGGACUCGCAAUGUUUUGUGGUCAAUGCAGCACAAUGUGGACAUCAUGAUGUUGGGACUAAUGAAAAGGGGGAUACAAUAGAAAGGAUAAGCUAUGGUGACUCCAUCAUUGUUGACCCCUGGGGUACUGUGUUGGCAAAAGCAAAGAAAUUUGAUGACAAAGAUUUAUCUGUUGAUGACGAUAGUGAUUAUUUUGAGGUGAUUUAUGCUGAUUUGGACUUUGACCAAUUGAACAAGGUGAGAACCAAUAUGCCUUUAUCGCAACAUCGAAGAGCAGACGUGUUUGGAGAUUUGUGA